CAACUGAACGCCCAUCACGUUGCGCACAUGGAUCGGGUCGAGGUGACCACGCCACACCCAGCAGUCCACGGCAGAGUGCCUGUGCUGGAGGAGCUGCUUGUGUAACAGCUGUAUCAGCCAGUGGCACCGACGGCAACCAGUUGCGCCAGCAGCUCCGCGCUUUGUUGAAAUGUCCAGUACGCAGAGGAGGCGGCGCAUGCAGCGGCCUGCCAGCGCCACAGGGGCCGAGAUAUAGUUCAAGAAAUUCAGACGUAGUUUGUCAAAAACUGUUUGCGUGCGUAUGUUUCUGCCGUAGCUGUAGCCACUCUCUGGAGGAAUGAGAGGCGUUUAUCCGGCUCUCAAGAUGGGAUUGUUUUUGCACGCUGUUGGCUCUGUCACCCCCACCGAGUCCGCAGCAGACCGGAGCCUUCUGCACUGUGACGGUGUAAACAACCAGACCUACAUCUGUGAGUCGGGACACUGCUGCGGGGAGUCUCAGUGCUGCAGCUACUACUAUGAGCUCUGGUGGUUUUGGUUGGUGUGGGCAAUCAUCUUCAUUCUUUGCUGCUGCUGCGUGUGUCACCAUCGCCGCACAAAACACAGACUGCAGCAGCAGCAACGGCAGCACGAGAUCAACCUCAUCGCCUACCGGGAAGCACACAACUACCCCUCUGUGCCCUUCUACUUCAGGUUUCUGCCAAACUACCUCCUGCCUGACUAUGAAGAGGUGGUCAACAGGCCACCGACACCCCCCCCUCCCUACAGUGCCUCACACACAGGCCCCUCCUCAGUGGCCUUGAGUCCACAGGCUCCCGAGCAGCAAGAGGGACACUUUCCAACCACCCAGUCCACUGCAGUGACCCCGGUCUCUGAUGGUCUGUGUUGCAGACCCAGCACAGACGAACCACAACCCCCAACUUCAGACUUUCAGCCAAAGCCUGACAACAAGCCCCUGCAGACAGCACAGGAUCCAGGAAGGAUUCUGCUGUCGGAUGGGGUAAGCAGGGAGGGAUUUACCAGCCAGGAGAAAAGAAGUGGAAGUGGGGACGACACCUGCAAAGACCCCCUCCUGAAGGACCUAUCAGAGGGUUGUGCUGAGGACAAAGAUCGACUCCCCAUUGGAAGGAGGAGGCGAUUCACAGGGGACUCUGGGAUUGAGGUGUGUGUGUGUGGAACACGUGGGAGUAACAGCUUUAGUGGAGCCGGAGGGACGGGCCAGGAAGGCAAGGAGUUGAGGGAGCUCGAGAGCUUGCUGGGACGUGAGGGAGAUGACGGGGGGGAAGCGGAGGGGGAGGAGGAGGCGGGCGACUUCUGCGACAGCUGCGGUCAUCGAGCCUCCUUCGGCGUAGAAGAGGAGCAGGUGCUGGGCGGGCCGGAGAGGCGGGGAGCACGUGGGCCGUCAGUACCUCCUCAGCCGGCUCACCAGAUAGGCAGCGCUGCACUCCACCCCCCGGUGUGCCUCCUCCUCCACACCAUCAAUGAGCAGGAGGGGCCGCACCACAGCACCAGCACUGAGCCCCAGGGCUGAAGCACACAAACACACACACACACUUCUGUGUCACAGAGUGAAAGAGAGAGCACUUGACUCAGAGCAAGGAGGCAUAACCUUUUGUCUGAGCAAGUUCGUCUCAUCAAAAUACUUUCUCAGUGAGUGUUUUAAUGAAUGUGUGCGUCUUCGAUUAAACAAGGACGGGAAGAGGAAGUGGAAUCUCAGCUAAAUGAUUGAGAUAAAAUUGUUGAGAACGCCUGCUCCUCCCCACACUUUACUGGUGGCCUUAACCUGUGUAUUUUGGGUUAUAUUUGGGAAGUACAAGCCCUACCACAACCUGUGGCAAUUAAGACUUCUCCCACUGCACACACACACACACACACACACACCUUCAGUCGUCCUUUUUAUGCAAAAAAAGCUACCGAUACACAAAAGCUAAAGCUUUGACGUCAGGACGGGACACUCACUGCCCAGUCUGAAUGCAGCUCUCCUCAGCAGGUGCUUGCAAAAAAUUCUGCAAAGCUGUUCUCUGCUGGCAGGACACUACAUAGAAAAAAACACACACAGAGAGAGAGAGUGCAAUGUGGAUUUACCACAGAGUGUGCUUAAGCAAACUGACACUGUACAGGGACACAAGAACAAGACUGUGUGGAAGGUCCCAUUCGACUCAUGCUUCUAAAGUGCUUCUUCAGCGAUUAAAAACCGCCCUGCCUCGUGUUUUUGUUGCUCUCUAUCUGCCCCGCUAGUGAAAGAGAAAUAUAAGUGCAUUAAUAAAUCUUCAUGUCAGCAGUUCUUAUUUUGCACAAAAUGUAAAUAUGUUUGUAAAAGAAGCUUUUAGCUACACAAUCAAAAGAGAAAAUGUGUAAUUUCUUAAAUUCAGUCUUAACUUGCAGUACAUGAUCAGUCUUUUAGGGCUUUGUUGCAGCGUCCGUGAGAAACGGACCUCUGUGAAUUGCCAGUAGGGAAUGCAACAGAUUCACUUUGUACACAAUCAUUUUCUAAAAUUAAUGUGAUGAAUGUUUGUAGUAUGUGCCUACCCUCCCCCACCCCCAAAAAAAGUAGAAUUUUCAUGAACAAUGAUACGCAUCAGUGAAAAUGACCGACUACGUCAAAGCAGGUACCAAAACCAGGAAAAGAACAUUAAGCUAUUUAGAGAUUACACCUGAGAUGGGCAACGUCAGACCUCAAACUUUGUGUCAGUCACUUCAGUAGAUUUCCACCAUCACCAGCUUCACACAAUAAGAACAUGUAUUCAGUCAUUGAUUCACUUACUACCACUCAUUUGCAGUAUUUAUUAAUAACGGCUUCCUCCACAGUCCUUUAUGGCUGAUUGCAGUUAAGUUGGCUGUGUAACUUUCUAAAAAAAUAUGGCUUGUUAAUGGAUUUUUAUGAAUGGAUGACCCCCCCCCCCCCAAUCUUCUGCAUUUGUGGAAUGAAGUCUAAGACAUGAAAUGCAUCUUCAAAGGAAAACAAAUCGGUGUAUGUGCUUAUUGGAUUAUCAUCAUUUAAAGGAGAUCUAGUCUGCUGAUCUGUGUUAAAAUACAUACAUAUAAUGUUACAAUGUUGGAUUUUCAUACUAAACCUCUGCAACAGUUAGGUUCUGCAGAUGAUUAAAGCAAAGCAUGGAGUGAAGUUGUAGGGCAUGCUCCCAGCUUUAUUUAAAUGUCCCCGCCACUGCAAAAAGAGCUGGCCAAUCAGCAGAAUGUGGGCAUGUGGGAAGGGGAGGCCUUAAAAAAACAGUAGCUGAAAUGAACAGUUUCAGUCAGAGCCUGAAAUGUGAGAUUUUACUGACACUAGUAUCAGAUAAAUAAGGAGGCUUUUGAGAUACGCUACUCAAUAGGCAUCACAGACUGACAUAAUUAAUGCUGAACGUGAGUUUAAUAGAUCUCCUUUAAAGGAUACUUCACAGUAAGGUUUUUACAAAGGUUGUUAACACCAUAACAGCUGUUUGUAAGGAAACAGCCAGACUUUUCUGAUAUACAUGUUUUCUAAUAUAAGAAUUUUAGCUAACUAACAUUUUUAAAACAAAAAGUAAUUAACGGUUGUAAGAAUAAUCCAAAGCAGCAGAAAUCAAAGAAGAGUAAGUUAAGAAUCAGACUGCAUUAUAGAGUGACUGGUUUGUAUGUGUUCUUGGCUAUAAAUAAUUAAACAUGUGUGUCUUCUGUAAUGGACACACACUUCAAUUUAACGAGCAAUAUUUACAAUGCACUGCAGAUAGAAAACAAAGACCAAAAAGAAAAACACUCAGCGCAUUACAAUCUUAAAUAAACAGUUCCGUUGUUGUUCAGUCUCAUCAGUUGUAAACACCUUUAAGAGCACAGAUGUUUUAAAUCCGGAGAUGUUGAUUAAUGAUGAAUGUGCCAUGAAACAUUUCUGCUGUGUCAAACUCUUCCAAACUGAUUUGUUCUGGUUUUUUUUGUUUGAUAUUAACUGGAGCUGUUCAAUUUGACGUGCCACUAUGUCGGGCUAAUGUAUCGCCUCUGUAAUGACUUUCCUUGGCAACACACUCUAAACACAUUUUAAUGUCUGCAAUGCACAAAUGUUUCAGUCAACAGUCUCACUUAUUCAUGUACACCACCAGAAACGGUUUGAGAAGAAGAUGUCUCCCAAAAGCACAAGUAGAAUUGUAAUGUGAACUUUCUGUGUUACCAGUAGGAUGCCUCAUUUUAUCAACCAAUGCCUGAGCAUACUCUAAAGUGCUUUAUAUGUUCCUUCUUUUUGUGAGCUGGAAAGUACCAGUGUGUAACUGUGGUACAUGUAGUACCAAGAUGAGCUAUUUUUCAUAUCAGCCGAAUCCUUUAAAAAAAUUAUAUUGAAACUGUAGAAAAUUUCAGAACCACUUUAUAUUUCCAAAUAGUGCAUUAUAUUCUGUAACGAGUUGGUUGCUUUCAUAGUUUUUUAUGAAAUCAUUAGCUUUAUUGUGAUGGACAGAUUUAUUGUUCUCUCUCAUUAUGGGUAUUAUUCUUUUUUUUCUGUCAAGAGAAAAUGUAACUUCUUUUGAGAAUGAUCCUGAAGUUAUGUGAAGGGUACGUUAGACUAACAAUACAGUUGAAGACUUGUUAACAAGAUCAGGGGCUUCUCGCCAAAGACACGUUUUCUUUCUUCACAGGUGCGUGUGAGGUGGUUUUGCACAUAUUCUUUGAAUGUUCUGAUCAUAAGCCAUUUAUUAAAACAACCAAGAUGGAUGUAUGUUCAAUAAACAUGCCCUUUUAAAUUUGA